AUGAAUGCUCCACUUGAUUCUGAUUGUGUGUUUGGUACUGCAGCUAAUCAGAUCCUUAAAAACCUGGAUGACAAAGCUGAUCCAAGUGUGCAGGUGGAUGGGAACCCUCACUGUUGCUUCUUCAAGUUCAGUCCAAAAAUUAUGUUUACCAAAGUGGUCAAAGCUCAACUGUGGGUGUACCUGCGACCCAUCCAACAGACAUCCACAGUCUACCUACAGAUCCUUCGUUUGAAACCCGUUACUGAAGAAGGAAGUCGUCACAUACGUAUCCGGUCACUAAAGAUUGACCUUAAUUCACGGAAUGGUCACUGGCAGAGUAUUGAUUUCAGACAGGUUCUACAGAACUGGUUCAAGCAGCCUCAUACAAACUGGGGCAUAGAAAUUAAUGCAUUUGAUACCAAUGGAAAUGAUCUAGCAGUCACAUCUCUUGGUCCUGGAGAGGAAGGGCUGCAACCUUUCUUGGAGGUCAGAGUUAUGGAGACAAAUAAGCGGUCACGCCGGAACCUGGGCCUGGAUUGCGAUGAGCACUCUACUGAAUCUCGAUGCUGUCGCUACCCACUGACAGUGGACUUUGAGGCUUUUGGCUGGGACUGGAUUAUAGCCCCCAAGAGAUACAAAGCAAAUUACUGCUCAGGCCAGUGUGAGUACAUGUUCAUGCAAAAGUACCCACAUACUCAUUUGGUACAGCAGGCCAACCCCAGGGGCUCUGCAGGUCCAUGCUGCACACCUACCAAAAUGUCACCAAUCAACAUGCUAUACUUCAAUGACAAACAGCAAAUCAUAUAUGGUAAGAUCCCAGGAAUGGUUGUUGACCGAUGUGGAUGCUCUUAAGUUACAAAUCUCUACAUCUUUAUCUUUUCUUCCCCAGUGAGAGCCUCUUAGAAAUAAAUCCAGAGACAAAUGGCAUUUAUCAAAUGUCAAUUCCUUUUAAAAGCAAAGUCAAAAAGCAACAUCCUGUACUGUGCAAUAACAAUGAAAAAUGGAAAAAAGGAAAAUUAAUCUGAGCAACCUGUAAUCCCUACAGCAAACUCCAAACUACAGCUGUCUCCAGCUCAAAUGAAACAGUGGGUUUUUGCUGCCAGAUUUUUAGGAGUCAAAGGGGUUAAAUUUGAGAUGCAGCUGGAAAGGCUCUUAAAAGGUUUGCAAAAGCUUCCUAUCAAAUCUUUUGAAAUUAAAAAGAAAACAUCCACUAAGUUGUAGCUAGAGAUUUGAUUUUUAUAUGAUGAGACCUAGAACCCUUUGUUAGAUCAUACAUACUUUUGUUUUCAUUGUUAAGAGAGAAGGAAACAAAAGGUAGUCAAUGGAUUUAAACAGUGAUUGCCUGUCCCACCAGCACAUGCCAAGCUUAUUGCAUUCCUAGGCAAAGGAAGAACACUCUAGCUAUGGAAAAAUGCAAUCUUUUUAUUGAAACAUUCAGGACAGAGACUUAUAUUUGCUAUAACUUGACUUUCCACUUGCACCCUUAUUUUCUGUGUGGUACUAAGCUGACUAAUGCUGUUUUAGUAAAGGACUUGUAAACAGUA